AUGACCGACUUUAUUGAUACAAUUAAAGAAGAACCUACUGACAUAUUUUCAAAACAUGCAAGUGCACCAUUACCGUUAGUCAAGUCUUAUUUAGAUAAUGUUAUCCAGCUCUAUAAAUCUGAAAACGCCUCUGCUAAAUCUGACAUCGAUGAAGUCGUUAUUGAAGGUCUAGAUGCCAACCAAGUUUGGUGGCAAACAAAAUUGGUUUUGGACAAAGUUGAAGGUGAUUUGAUGGAAAGAAUCCAGGAAUUAAAGGAUAUCAUCAACUUAAAAGAUGAUCCAAUUAGCAGCUCCGAAGAUGAUUUAGAACAAAGUAUUCAAGAUGAAGAUAAUGAUGAUGAUGAUGAUGAUGAUGAUGAUGAAAAAGAAGAAGAAGAAGAAGAAGAAGAAGAAGAAGAAGAGAAAGAAGAAGAUGUCAAAGUUAAGGGGGCUGUCGAUGUUACUGAAGAUAAAACCAAUACCAACAAAGAAAUGAAUGAUAUUAAAAGCGAUAAAGAGGAUUCAGAAGAAUUUGAAGCUGAAAGUCAUGGCUUAAAUGACAGAUUUUUCAAUUUAGAAGAAUUCAAUAGACAAACUUUAAAUGCUGAGAAUAAUCUAGAUGCUGAACUCGAAGAAGGCGAGGACGAAGAAGAUAUAGAUUAUUUUGGUGAUAUUCCAUCCGAAGAAGAAGAAGAAGCCAUUUACUAUGAUGAUUUCUUUGAUAAGCCAAAUCAAAAGGGAAAGCCAACUCAUAAUAAGAAUAAGAGGAAAGCAGGAAAGGAAGCUGAAGAUGACAUGAUAUUUAACGAGAGUGACUAUGAGGAAGCUGUCGAUGCAGCCAAGUUAGAUUUAUUUGCUGAGGAAGAAGAAGAAGAAGUUGAUGACAAUGAAGAAAAGCUCUCAACGUUCGAAAAGCAACAGUUAGAGAUUCAGAAACAAAUUUUAGUUUUAGAAGAUGAAGCAGUAGCUGAAAAGAAGUGGACACUAAAGGGUGAAGUAAAUGCUCAAAACCGUCCAGAAGAUGCUCUGUUAACCGAAGACUUAGAAUUUGAUAGAACUGCCAAACCUGUUCCAGUGAUAACAAGUGAAGUUACAGAAACGUUGGAAGAUAUGAUUAGAAAAAGAAUUCAAGUGGGUGAAUUCGAUGACCUACAGAGACGUAUAAUUACCGACAUGUCAUUGAAGCCAAGAAGACCUGAAUUCGAAUUAAGUGACACAAAAUCUUCUAAAUCCUUAGCUGAAAUAUAUGAAGCUGAUGCGCAAGGUAUCAAAGCUGAUGAUGAAAUUUCUGAAGAAAUGCAAAAAUCACAUAACGAGAUAACAGAAUUGUUUAACGAUCUUUUCUUUAAACUUGAUGCGCUAUCUUCUGCUCAUUUCAUUCCAAAACCUAUUAAACAGAAAUUUGAAGUUAGAGUAGAGACUGCUGCUAUAGCCAUGGAAGAUGCCCAACCUUUAACAAUGUCUAAUGCAUCAACUUUGGCACCACAAGAAAUAUAUAAACCUGGGAAAUCAGACAAUGCCAAUGAAAUCAGAUUAAAUAAUGGUACCGUUAUGUCCAGAGAUGAAUUGACAAGAGAAGAUAAAACAAGAUUACGUAGAGCUGCUAAGCGUAAGAGAUCAAAAGCUCUGUCAAAUGGAGACCAGAAGAAAAAGAAGCAAAGUAAAAAGGAUAGUGUUAUUGAAACCUUAUCUAAAGCAAAGAAUAUUACCGUUAUUAACAAGAAGGGUGAGCAUCAUGACGUUAGAGGUAACGUAAAAUCCUCAGGCCAAUCUAACCAAAACCUGAAAUUAUAG